UACCUAAAUUUUAUCAUGACUUGAUAAAGUUGUAACACAAACUGACUGAUAUUUAUCAACUGUAUAAUAUCGAUACUACGUAAAUAAUUUAGUGACUUUUUAAAAGAAAAGUCGGUAACAAUAGUAAAAAUGAAGUUUAUUGGUGGUUUUAUUUUCCUUCUUGGAUGUUUCAUCAAUGCAAAAUGCACACAUUUUGAAAUACAUAGCAAAACAAUUGGAGGGGCAUGUAUUUUGCUUGACAUUGAUGCGACAUUUAACCUCACCUAUACAAAUGGUCACAAAACACAGGACGCCCCUUUGUUCAACUUAAGUGGUGCAACCGUUGAUAACAGCUCGAGCAAAUGUGGAAAUGAAAUUGUAGGAACAACAUCUGUUUUAUCAGCUCGCAUUUUCCCGUCCGGUGAACUUCUUAUGUUUAGAUUUGAAAGAAAAAAUGGCGCAGUUGUUAUGUCAGUCAGAUUUACUUUAGACGCCAAGAAGCAUUUUAGAAAUAUGAAUGAAACAACUCCGAUUGAACUGAAAGAUGAGAAACAUUUACCGACAGGACCAGACACCCCUAAUUCAUACAAGUGUGUGACAGAAGAAAUGGUAAAAUUCCGUCCAAACAACAAUUUUAUGAUGAUAAUGAAGAUAAGAAAUUUACACGUGCAGGCGUACCGUAUCACAAGAAGUACCUAUGGACCAGUUGUUGAAUGUAGUCAAGACACGGCUACUUCUACACCUAUGCCGGAAACGACAGUUGUACCUCAUAAUGAGACAACAACUCCAUAUCAACCGGAAACAACGACUGAAAUACAGCCAAACACAACCACAGAGCCUGAACCGGAAACAACAACUACAAUACAGCCAAACACGACCACGGAGCCACAACCGGAAACGACGACUCCAGUACAACCAAACACGACCACAGAGCCUGAACCGGAAACGACAACACCAAAACAACCAAAUAUAACUACUGAACCAUAUUCGAAUGUGACAACUGAGCCACUACCGGAAACUACAACUCAACCGGAACCGGAAACAACAACAAAGCCACAGCCGGAAACGACAACUGCUCCAGAAAUAGAAACAACGACGACCAUGAUCCCAACUACUCCUUUUCCACAUGGCUCUAAGUACGUUGUAAGGGACAAUGAGGAAGUGUGUAUUAUUCUGCAAGGACGAAUAACAUUUGACAUCCCGUUCCAGAAAAAGGAUGGCAGUACCGGCACGGCAACUGUUUCUGUCCCAGACAGUGUGAAUGUGAACGGAAAUUGCAGUUACUCGGAUACAGAACAGGAAAUCACACUUACGUUCUUUAAGUCACAGUGGAUGCUGGAUAUUGUCAUUGCCAAAGAAAGCAAGAGUGUUUUACAGAACUUUGCCAUAUUCAAAGCGUUAUCCAAAAGCAGCGAUUAUUCUUGGCAGGCUGUAACUCUAACCUAUGUGGUGGACAGCCAUUUUCCGAAUGCAAAAAAUCAAGGAAUGAAAGUAAAAGCAGUUGCAGAUGGAACGUUUGGAAAGUUCAAGGCCAAUACCGAUGGGUCAUAUAUGUGUAAUGCUGAACAAGAUAUCGAGUUUGGUAAAGAUAAAAAGAUGAAAAUGGAUUACAAUUUUCCCUUCCCCUAA